UUUACCGCUGUGUUACAGGCGGCAAACACGAUCCGCUUUAGUACGUUCACAGCCGCUCAAACGUGCGGACCGUCGCGAGACGUGCGGCAAAGACAGUAAUAAAAAUUCGGUUAAAGUUUUCAGAGUGGAAGACGAAUAAUAAAGAUUAAGAAGCAUACCUGCUGUGGCAUAUGGUGAAGUUGAACGAUAUUUCUAAUCAGCUUAAUGUGCAUCCUGACACUACCAUAGUUUCUAUCGCUCAUGAAAUCAUCCGAUGGAAGAUUUAACGACCAAUAUUGCGUACGGGGAUAAAGAAACUUUCCAUUCGACGCCGAGUGAAACUUCCGUUUUAGUUUAUUGUGUUAUCUUCAGGAAAGUUUGAAUCGACAAGACUAUUCGCUUGUGAGAAACUUGGCACGAAAUGCGAUUCAGGUCCGUUUUAACCUUUCUAGAGGACAUGAAAUCGUAAACAAAAUAUGAUGGUACGACAAAGUGACGACGAAACUAAAUGUUGUCAGCUGCAUUACUAAUAGUGAAAGUGAACAAUGACAGUGACGUCAACAAUUACUGACAGCUUGAGUGACAAUCGUGCACAUCAUUGCCAGUGCGAAAUGGAAUCGUCCUGGGUUGCUCGUUAAUAAAGAAAUUUUUGAAAAACGGUGUCGUACUAAGAUAACGGCGAUCGACCACAAUGAAAUCAAUCGCUGUUAUAAUACUAAUGGCGACUAUCGUGGUCCCCACUCGCGCCGGAAGUUGUAAACUCGCAAAAAUGUGCUGUCAGGGUCGCGAUUCUGCUUGCGUUAUACAAAAAGUAUCUCCUAAUGCUAUCAUCGAGGGACCACAGGACAAGCCGUGCUACUGCGAUCAUGCGUGUCUAAAACUCGGCGAUUGCUGCGACGACUUUAAGGUGGCUUGUGGUGUGACGGAUUGUUCAGUUAGCGAAUGGGGUCCUUGGUCCCGAUGCGAAGGAACAUGCGGCACUGGAAUUCAGAGCAGAUCCCGGCGAAUUUACAGGGCUGAUCGAAAUGGCGGAAAACAUUGUCCACAAUUGGAACAAUCAAGAACAUGUCGCAGUCACGAUGCCUGCGCGAGACGUGAUCACGUAUCGCACGUGAGAGAAACUACCCUUAUCGUACCUGCUGCGUCAGAAAGCUACCACGAGAAUGCAACCGAUAAAGUGUCACAGGGAUAUUGCGCGGUCUUCACGAUCCUACGAGCAUCGAGACUCUGCGCUAAGGACGGCUCGUUCGAGGGGUUGACCGAGGGCUCACGCGUCUGCGUACGUUGCGGAACACGUGAGUUCAAUUCCCGCUGUCACGAUCCUGGAAAUCCUGUGGGAUACGCAGGAGUUGGCAGAUGGGAAGCAGGAGCCAACAACUCAUUGACGGAACGACGCUGUCAUGGGAAAUGGAUGCGCGGAUCUAGAAACGAGUCGGACUGCAGCAGCGCGACGUGUCAACUUGGGAUGCACUUUGCGUUCGUUUGAACGAACGUGAACACACUGUGCAUCGUGCAGUACAAUGCCGUCGUAUGUUUGCGCAGUGGCUAAAUUAAAGCACAGAAAGAAUAGUAACGCGUGACGUAACUAUAAUAAUCGUUUGAAUAAAUAACGAGCGUGCGUCACGUCGAAUAAGGGACAGGGCUAAUGCGAACUUUAUGUAACAAGGAAUCUCGCUGUAAUAAAGGCUUAGACAUAUUAUAGUGGAUAUACAGAUAUCUGUAAAUUAUACAAUGAACAUUACCUAUGUACGAUGUCGUUAUACUAUAAUGCUCUGUAGUCUAGCUGUACCAUGACAGUGUAUGUAUAGAUAUAUAGCUAACGUAGUAUAUUUAUCGUGCCUCGUGUAAGCACCAACCAGGUUGACCGGGCACUACUGGCCGUUACAUAGACACUUUCAAAACUCACUAACCACAUAUCACUAAUAUGGUUACGUGUGAUAUAUUAUAGAAGCUGGCCGUUUAUUAUCUGUAACAAAUAAAGAGUAUACAAUAAGUA